AUGUCAUCAGUACCAAUUCUAACGAUACCAGAAUCAUCAUUUGAUCCAUCUGUAUACAACUUACGAAGUCCAAGAUCAAAAUCUGAAUUAUUGAUCUAUUUAAUAAAAUUAACUCAUGGAGCAUCAUUAUCAUUAAUAAUAACUUAUGCAAUAGGAUUAUUUAUUUUAAAACCUUUAUUAGAAACAAGAAACAUUAGAAGAUUGGAUUUAUUGGAAUGUAUAAGGACAAAUUUAAGAGAUUUAUAUUUAAAAACAAUCACUAAAAUAAGUUAUAUACCAAUAGUUGCAAUAAGAAGAAAUGGGAAAUUAUAUUCAGAUGCAAUAAUUCAAACUGAAUCAUCAAAUAAUGUAGAAGAAGAAGAUAAAUUAGGUCAGACUCAACUUCAUUUAAAAUUAAAAAAAAUGUCUAAUUUAUUAAAUGAAAAUGUAAGAACUUAUAAAAUGUCAGAUUUAACUAAUUAUAAAAGUGUUAAUUUUGCUAUAAAAGAUUUACAAAAUAAAUCUGAUUUAGUUUAUUUUGAUGAUAAUGAAAUAUUUAUGCUUGAUUUAGGUAUUGAUGAAUUUGGGAAAAAAGUAAAGAAAAGAAAUAUUGUAGUUGAUACUAAAAAUGAGAUUAGAAGUAUUAAAGGAUUAUAUAUGAGUGGACAAGUUUAA